AUGCCACCAGAAUAUCUUCCAUCUAUGUUGGAUAUCAAACUUGCACAUGCUCUGGCAGCUCAAUCCAAAGACAUGAUUCCACCCAUAGGCUUGCCGGCAACGGGUGCGCUUCUUGGAUUAGUCCUUUCGUCCUUGGCGUUUAUGGCAACCAUAUUACUUCCUCGAUGGUUUCCUCAAGUGCAAGUUGCCUCAGAUUUCUAUGAAUCGGAUAAUGUAAGCUACGAAAAGGGGGCAAGUGUACUGAUAAAGAUUCGGAACAAGGGGCUGCAACAAGGAACCUUUGAUCCAGAGGCGGACGGGAAGAACCUUCAAAUCUGCAAGCUACAGGAGUCUUCGCAGACGAUACGAAAAGCUACGAGGGAAAAUCUUUUAGGAUUAGGAAAGAGCCAUCCGUCACUCUACUUUUUCGAAUUUGCUCAGUCUCGGUAUUAUUUUUGUCCAGAAUCCAUGGAAUGCUCCAGUGGUGGACCAGCACUUCACAAAGCCCCUAUUGCUUCCCUUUACGAGUUAAUGAAAAGCGGCAUGUCCAAGAAACAACGGACAGUGGCCAAUGAACGAUAUGGGCCUUACAAUGAACCAAAACUGUCCAUAUCAACUGUCCAAGAAGCCCUUGUCGCACGGGUAUCCUCGCCCCUUGUAGUGAUUCAAUCCCUUGGGAAAUUGCUCGCGUGUCUGGAGGAUGGAAUGCGGGCAGUCUUCCAACUACUAAUGGAGCUGGCACAACAUGCCCACAAUGCUCGACAAGCCGUUCUGUCAGCCAAGCAACUUGCGUCCGAUGUCAAGACGAGUUUUCGGGAUACUUCCUUGUUAAAAGUGCAAAGGCUGGUGCGUGGGGCGAAAAAGCCAUGGCAGAAAAUCUCAGCCAAUGAGUUGCUUCCAGGGGAUGUGUUCUUGAUACCGCAAGAUCAAAAUCAAACCGAGUUUGUCAUGCCCGUUGAUGCUCUGGUUUUGGACGGCCAAUGCUUGGCGAAUGAGGCUGUUCUCACUGGCGAAAGUGUCCCACAGAGCAAACGAGCCAUGGAUUUUGAUGAAGAGCUCUUGCAAAAGGAGGCCUGUCUAGAUCUUGAUGAACAUAAAAACUCUAUUGUCUUUGCUGGAACUACCAUGCUGCACUCGGGAACAGCAGGCUCGCAGAAGUCCUUUCCACGCUCCAAGCAAAAGGGCGUCGUACUUCUAGCAUUACGAACUGGCAUAUACUCAUCCCAAGGUCAACUUCUUGGUGCUUUGAAGGGCAGUGCUAAUUUGGGUGCGAUCUCGAACCCAGACUCCGAGCGAGACGCGCUCCGAUUAGUAGUUGGUCUGUCGGUCUUUGCGGUUGCAUCCUGUGUCUCCCUCUUUGUGCAAAGAGAGAAUGGCAAAGCAGUUCCUGCCUACCGUCGUGUGAUUCAAUGUACUCGAAUCAUCUGUGCUAGUAUUCCAUCCGAUCUUCCACUGUCGUUGGCAAGGGUGGCCAAAGCGUCCUCACAAAAGCUUCGUCAAGAAUCCGAUGUUGUGUGUUCCGAGCCUGGUGCUCUUCUGACGGCAGCCAACGUCGAUACAAUAGUGUUCGACAAGACGGGAACUCUGACUGCAGACACUCAAGCUCUUUCUCGACUCGUACCAUCAACUCUUGGUUGCGAAUCCAAUACGACUUCAACCUUCCAAAAAUUCGCACUAGCUGGAUGUCAUUCGUUAGUCAAUUUGCCAUCUGGUGGAAGCUCAGACGCAACCGAAACAAAACUGGUCGGAGACCCGCUCGAUAUUGCUGCUUUUACUUUCAGCGAGUGGCAAUACAACGUAUUCGAUGGAUCCUACACCACCAGCUCUUCAGCUUUGCUUUCAGACUUCGUUCAACUCUGGCAGAUUCGAUCGUUUCCCUUUGAUUCAACGAAGCGAUUAUCAUCAGCUUUGGUACUUGGUCGACAAGUGAAUGGCUCCUGUCGACUAGUUUUCCUGAUCAAAGGUUCUCCGGACUCUCUUAUUGAUUUGUAUGCAGGUCGUAAUAAUGCAAAUUUCCGCAACUCCUACGAUAGCAAGCUGGGGAACUUAGGAGCACAAGGAUGCAGAAGCAUCGCCAUCGGUUCAUUUGAUCUCUCAGAAAAUUCUCAUCUGAGGGACCGACUGUUCCCGAAUGGUAUAUCAUGUGACAAGGCAUCCAUCGAGCAAGCAAAGUCUGCUGGGGCAAGUUUGCGCAGGAGUGACUUUGAAUCGAUCAACCCAAACGGCACCCUGUCAUCUGGUCUUGAUUUCUCUGGAUUUGCCUGUUUUGAUGCUUCUAUCCGACCAAGUAGUAAGAGAAUCAUCGGCGAACUUGAAAGAGGAGGAAUCAAGUCAAUCAUGCUGACUGGAGAUGCAAUCGACUCUGCACUUUCCGUUGGACGUACUGUUGGCCUGAUAAAAGAACAAAGAGUUGCAAUCCUUGAGACAACUACACUUAAAGGGACUGCCAAACUGAGAUGGAGAAUUGUCAAGCAGACCAAUAAUGUGAAUGGGUCAUCGGUGGAAGAGACGCAAGAGAAGAAAGUUUCACUGGCAUCAGUGAGUCGCAUCUUUGAACUCAACCAGAAAAAGAAAUGUGCAAUAGCUGCAACGGGUUCAGCACUGGAACAAGUCUUUGGGGACGGCUCGAAUGAGGCACUCGAGCUCAUUGCUGAGAACCUCUCUUGUGUGUCCGUCAUUGCGAGAGCAACACCAGGGUUAAAGAAAUCAGUAAUUUUGUGCCUAAAGAAAAGGUGUGAGAAAACAGUUCUCAUGUGUGGUGAUGGUGCCAACGAUGUGGCUGCAAUGAAGGCCGCAGAUGUUUCAGUUGCAAUGUUGAAUGGAUUUGGAUCAGAAGGCACAAACAGUGAUGAAGACGUCGACGACAAGAGGCGUACGCAGAAACUGAAGUCUAAAAAUCUCGGCAGCAACAGAAAACAACGCAAAGUGUCAAGGGGGGUUGACUCACAGAAUAGAAUGAAUGAACAUAUCGAAAAAGUGAGAAAAGAAAUUGAUGAUCGAGUUGCGAAACGAGAAAACAAGGACUAUACCAUUCAAGAUGUCAAAGAUAUCGUUUCUGCAUCACUUGAUGCCGCAAAAGCAGAAAAAGAUAGAGCCAAAAGGCUUCGACUGGGCGGUGGCGAUGCUGCAAAGAUUCUGGCAUCGGAGCGAAAUAAUCAAACCCUCUCGGGGGACGAAUCUAUGGAGUUGCCAUCUAUCAAACCAGGAGAGGCGUCAUUGGUUGCACCAUUCUCGUGCCUCCACCCAUCAAUCGAUGGUGUAGAUGCUAUCCUACGUGCUGGAGUGGCGACUGCAGCGAGUGCUUUAUCAUCAAAGAAAACGAUUGCUCUAUAUUCACUCAUGUCAGGAUACCAUCUAGCGAGCUUAUACAAAGAUGGCUUUCGAUACGGAAGAAACAUGUGGCCGAUUGAGCUAUACAUGCUAAUAGCACUUGACGAAUACGGUCACAGAUCAUCCUGUACAUCGCGCCCAAGGUUGCCCUCAUCUUGCACCCAUCGACCUCCAUCCUCUUUGUUUCAUCCAUCUGCGAUUUUCUCGACACUAGCACAGGCAGUUUCUCAUCUUGCUUCAAUGACAGUAGCUGUCAGGUUCGGUCGCAACCUUGAGGGCAAAGGUACACAAAGGUUAACGUCGAGAAUCCGCCAGCAUGGCCCGUCGUAUCCUGGCAAAACAGGAAGGCUGAUGGAUGCUCUCGUUGCAAGGGACUGGAGCAGCGAAGAAGUGGAGGAUGACGAGCCAAAGCCUAGAGGACUUCUUGCCAGACCGCCAUAUCACCCAAAUCAUGAAAGCGAUGUUGUUUUUAUCUUCUCUCUCUUACAGGGUGCAGUGAUUUCUGUCGUCAACCACGAAGGACGACCGUUUCAUCGAAGAAUCCUCGAAAGCCAGCAAUUUUGCUUUUGUCUCUUGCUCAAUUUCUUGCUUGUCCUUGGUCUAGCCCUUGAAAGCUUGCCAUCGCUGAAUAGCAUGCUUGAAAUGCGGUCAAUAGAGUCUUUACGGGAUAGAUUCAAACUUAUUGGCGUUGGGAUGCUGAAUGCAUUGACAUGCGUUGGUUUCCAACAUUUAUCUGAAAAACUCAGUCAUCAAGAUAGCUGGAAGUGUGCUCCUUUGGCAACCAGAGGAGAACAGUGUGCAGCGGAUAUCGAAGAAAGGUUGCUUCAAGAAGAGUCAAAGGAAGGUCGAAAUCUCGUAUUUAUGGCUUGUGUUUUCGGUUUGUACCUAGUCAUGGACAAGAUUGUAACAAGAUAA